AUGGGAAAGCUAAGGUUUCAGUUCUACCUGUUUCAUAAGCCACUAUUUAGUUGGAAAGGUUCUUAUGUGGUGACACAGGUUUGUGCAGAAAAGAAAGUUUCAUUUGAUAAUGGGUUAGAUGGAUCUGUUGCUGAAGACUGCUAUUUUGCAAUGAAAGCUUAUAUGGAGGGCUAUACUUUUAACUUUAUUGAGGGAGAAAUGUGGGAGAAAUCACCUUUUACACUCUGGGACUUUAUGCAGCAAAGGAAGCGCUGGAUUCAAGGUAAAAAGCACAAAUUUUAUAUAGUCAAUAAGGAAGUCAAGAUCCCUGUGACUGUU